AUGAAACCGAACACAGCCUCCUCCUCUUCCUUCGCCCCUUCGUACGAGCGGGAUCACGCUGUCCAGACGCGCUCUGGUUUCACAGUACUGACGGCGGAACAUAAACACAAGAACUGGGCACUUCAGACUCGCGUCAGUGGCAUUCUCCCUAUUGACGAUGAUCAGAAGGUCUCUGAUUGCGACCUCUUGUACCGGUUUCUUAUCGGCAGACAGUUUAGUGUGGAGAGGGCAGCUGCCUCCUUACUGAAGUACGCUUCACUGCGGAAAGAGUAUAGACUCAACGACAUCAUGACAGAAACAUACGAGACGGAUGUUGAAUCAACCGCCACUCUCCUCUACGGCUUCGAUAAUGACAGUUUCCCCAUCAUGUGGAACACGCCGGACGUGUCGGCGAUUAUCACGGUCUUAAAGAAUGGGUCCAAGAAGGAUUUGCUGAGGGUGCAGAUGCGGAUCAUGGAGUUCGCGCGUUUUCUGGCAAAAACUCGGCAUGUAGACCGUUGUACAUUCGUGUUGGAUCUCUUGAACGUAAACAUGUCUGCCGUAAACUCGCUGACGCUGUCAUUUGUGCGUGAGUUAUCCAAGAUUUUACAGGAAUACUACCCAGAGAUCAUGAGCCGCAUUCUCGUGUUCAAUGCGGGCUGGGCUGUGACGGGGGCAUGGAAGGUGCUGAAGCCGUUCGUUGAUGCACGCGUACAGGAGAAGAUUCGCUUUUUUUGCACUGGCCCUACACUAGAGUUGUUGUUGCCAUUCAUGCCCGCAGAUCAGAUUCUGCCUUCGUAUGGAGGCACCGGCACCCGGGACGAGGCAAAAGAGAUUAUCAACAAGGAACUGGAGCGACGCACUAGAGGCCCAUUGGGCACUCCGUAUCACUGUGACCCCUCGUCAUCAUCAUCGUACCACGUGGACCCUGCAGCACUUGACGGUUCAUACCGUAGUGAACCCACAGUGACGUUGUCUGGCGAGGAAAUGCCGCAGCAGCAGGAGUGGGAGCGGCUUGACGACUCCAAGGAGUCACUACCACCUCCCGACGGUGACAUUGAAGAGCUGUUCAGUCUUUGCAGCUCUUUUGACACCAGCGACACUAGUGACAACGACAGUAAGACGUUUUCACCAACGCUGCAGAUCGGCUCACCGGAGGUGCUUGAACCCUCCAGCCGAAGGGCCGGUGAUGAGCAUUCGCCGUCCACUCGGCGGCGAGUGCACAUCGCGGCGGGGCAGGACGGCCAGGCUAUUAAUCUAACAGAAUGCCCAGACGGCAAGGUAAUGGGCUUUUGUGAGAGUGUGCCCCUCGCAGAGAUGGUGCAGAACAUUGUGUACCGGGGCUUAACAGAUAUCAUGCGAGACGUACUCCUACCGCGGUCAACCUCGUCAGCUGUUGGGCAGGAGCGGACAAUGGUGGGGGAGUUGCUCAGAGAGGGCGGUCAUCACGUCCAUCACCACGUGAUUGUGUGUGAUGCUCAGCGACGCGCUGACUUCGUCCUUCGGAAAAGUCGAUUGCGCCGUCGGGUGCAGGUAUACCGCGUCGUUGGGAGCUGCCAGGUCCACACGGACAGUCUUAACCGCCACUCGGUUGAUGGCGAGAAGGUGAAGAUAGGUGAAUGUGUGCCGCACAGCGGAGCCACCAACGACCCCGCUGCGUGGAUGAUGUACGCGGUAUGUACCAGCGGUGGCGGUAGCAACAUAUACAAUAGAAAUGCGAAUGAAAAAGAAGACAACAAUGGGUUGCGUUUGGCGGAAAAGAAGGGACAGACACUUAUUGCGUACGGCCAAAUCGCGGAGAUGGCACCGAUUGAUAUCUUCACACUUCUAAUGGGGGUCUGUCGCGUGUGGGAGGCGAACCUGCGCCCCCCACAAGAGGGGAAGUUGAUGAAGACGAAGAAUCUCUUUGGCGUGCGGGUUCCGGUGCCCACCACGCAGCUCCUGCGUGGCCUGCGGAGACGCAUCUCACCCGCGACCACUACGGGCGACGGUGAAAAGGUGGAGCCUCUCUGA